AUGGAGGUCGAUCCCCCGACGAAGGACGACGCACAGCCCACGGUUCCGGUCUGUUUCGGCCACUGCGAGGUCGAUGGCCCUGUCACUGGCUUCACCCCGGACUCGAUGGAUGUCGACGCGCUCCCCGCUUCGUCCGAGCUCGUGGAGGAGGACCGUCGCGCGGCGGUGGGCGUGUCGCGGGUGCGCAGCCCCCCGCGCACGAUUUACCGCAUCCCGCCUGACAGGAGCUGGGUGCUCGCCAGCGAUGAGCGCGUCGGACGGCCUCCCGAGCUCCGUCAUUGGAAGGACGGGCCCGAGGUUGUGCGUCAACGUCCUGGAAUCGACGUCGACGAGCUCAAGUCCCUGUCCCUCGUCGACACCGCCGUCAGCGAGAAAUGUGGUCACUACUGCCGCAGGACGAAGCACCCUUGUCCUCGGGCCCGUCGCACGCCGGCCAGCUGGCUGCAAGCGGUCUACCCCUGGCGCUCGGAGGUUCAAUCGUCGAACGAGGCUCAUUUUCCCUCGCCCCCUGCAGUGCUCGCCGCACGCGCUUCCUCCGCUACUCCUUCCGCUCCCGUCCUCCUCCGCCAAGGUCAACAUUCCGCGGAAGGCGUUCAAGAACUCCGGCUGAGUCACAAGCCGCUGCGGUCGCGCCGCGCCCUCCUCAACGAUCUGUUCCUGCUUGCGCCCUCCUGCCCCAUCCGCACGCUCUGCAUCAAGGGACCGGCUCUCAUCGUCAAAGCCAUUCGGGCCUAUGAAGUACUUAAAAGCGACCCUCAUCGCCAGCUAGUACACGCGAACUCUCCCGUGGACGUCCACGCCCCCGCGAUCGUCGACGGCCUCUUCGCCGCUGUCGGAAGCCUCCCCGCGCUCUGGGUGCGCGUCGUCAGCGUCUUGUGCUACCUCGUCGCGGACCCCCCGUGCGCGGCCGAGGCGUUCAUGCGCGGGCUCGACCUGGACGCGCUCGCGCGCCGGCUGUGCGCCGCGUGCCCCACCCUGAGGACCGUGGUCGUUCUGCUCAGCGGGGUGCGCGGGCGCGCGAACGAGCGGGUGCAGCUUGGACCGCAGUGCACGGAGUUCGAGCUGUAUGCGGACAGGAUGGGAAAUCCCGGGCACCGGGGUACGGAGGCAGUGGGGGACGAGAUUUCUGCAGAACCAUGCGACGUGGAGCGUGAGGCUGGGGAGGUUUCCAGCGAGGGUGCUGUGCAGGACGAGUUGCGGUCCUCACGAGGGUAG